AUGGCAGUUGAAUCUUCCCCUGGGCCUCUGGACGCGUCCAGGCUCGAGAUAAAAGCCGUUCCCAAUCCAAAGGCCACUCCUGAUGCCGAUAACCCAGACCUUAUGAGUCUCAAGACAUCCACGGACCGAAUGAUAACGGCGUCCUGGAAUGAGGAACGAGGAUGGACAAAUCCUCAGGUGGUUCCCUAUGGACCUAUCUCCCUGAUGCCCUCAGCAAGCGCCUUACAGUACGCGACACAAUGCUUCGAAGGUAUGAAGGUAUUCCGCGGUUAUGACGGCCGUCUCCGCCUCUUCCGGCCUCUGUAUAACUGUGAGAGGAUGCUUAAAUCGGCGACGCGCAUCUGCCUCCCGGCAUUUGACCCGCAGGAGUUACUCAAGCUUAUCCACAAGCUUUGCGAGCUUGAGGCGCCGAAGUGGCUGCCCAAGGAUAAGCCAGGGUCGGCAUUGUAUCUGAGGCCAACCCUGAUCGGCUCUGAUUCAAGCCUGGGCUUCAAGGUGCCGGACGAGGCGCAGCUGUACAUCUUUAUGGUGUACUGGCCAGCCCCCAAAUCAGUCACUAUAAAUGGCGGAACUGCGCCUCAGGCGGGAACAAGACUGUUAGCGAGCAGAACAUCGGCCGUUAGGGCAUGGCCUGGAGGUACUGGAGCAGCCAAGGUCGGAGGAAACUAUGGAACGGCGCUUAUGGAACAUGGUAUAGCCAAGAAGCAGGGCUAUGACCAAGUGCUUUGGUUGUACGGGCCAGACCGCCAGAUCACUGAGGCGGGGGCAACAAAUAUCUUUGUGAUAUGGAAGACUUCUUCCGGCGCUCUUCAAAUCGCCACUCCUCCGUUAGACAAGGACGGCCUGAUCCUGGCUGGCAACAUACGACGCAGCAUCAUAGAGUUGGCGCGGGAUAUGUUUUCCACAGUCACUGUAAACAAAGAAUUGCAGUGUGAGGUACUGGAAAGAAAGAUUACUAUGGGUGAGGUCGAGGAGUCAUCUCGCAGUGGUAGGCUAAUGGGCGUUUUUGUGGUCGGAACGGCCUUCUGGAUCCAGGAGGUCAGUGAAAUCGGCUUCAAUGGUGAGAGCAUUAAGGUGAACAUCGGUGCGACGACACAUGUUCUAUUGCUGAGGGAGAGAAUGACAGAGAUCAUGUUCGGGAAGAGGGAGAGUGAUUGGGUGGAUAUUGUUCAGGAGUCAGGAUAG